AUGAAAGUUUCAAAUAAUCCAUCGCUUGGUCACAAUGCCGUUAAUUCAACCGCUUGCUACAAAUGUUUGGAAGACUACGAUGAGGAAAACGAAUCCACAUGCUAUUGUACACACUGUCAUUGGUAUUUGUGCCAGCAACAUACAGAACAACAUCGAAAGCACAAAUCAUUUAAAUCGCAUUCGGAGCAAGUAGUUGAAUUAACGAAUUGUCAUGACUGUCAUUUAUUAGAAGAGAUUGAAGAAAAAGAACGUGAAAGCACAGGAAAAAUGUUGAAAGAGAUCAUGAACAAGGUAGAGAAAUGGGAACUCGCUUUCCAUGCUAGCGAUGAGAACAUUUUCAAUGGUUUUCAACAAAUCAAAGCGAGACGAGAGGAGUGUGAAACACAAAUUAUGCAACUCGUCGAAAGGCUGAAACGUAAAAUUGAUGAACGAGCUCAAUCACUUUUGGAACAGGUUUAUGAAAUUGAGCGUCGAAAUGGUAAUUCGUUAUGCUCAAUCCAAACUAUGAAAGAUAAAGUUAAGCAACGAAUUCAUGGUUGGAAUGUGAACGAAACUUGUAUUUACGAUUUGGUUCAGAAGAGACUUUCGGAAUGGGACGACAUUGAGAAUUGUUGCGAAAAACUUGUGAAUAGCACCCCUUCAUGCAUUGAUAUGCUUUACGACUUUACCAUUGAAAAUUUGGAUUCUUCUUGUAUGAGAAUGGAGGAAAUACUCGAUCAAGACUUUGGACAAGUUCUUGAAGGAGCUAUUGACCUUCAAUCGUGUCGUUUAGAUCCUCAAGAUAUGAAACAAUUGCAAGACACCGAAUGGAAGACCAAUCAAUGCUUGAAUUUUGUGGUUCGUGUUCUUAACGCAAGAGGUAUUGGACUUGAACAACGAGAGAAUGCUUUCAACAUCCAUGUACGUGAUGAUAAUGGUGAAAUCAUACACAAUCCCUUUGCAUCUCAUGUUUCCGUUAGAAAUGAAGGACAUGGAACGUAUCGAAUCCAAUUUCCAGUUCCACAGUUAGAGAGACCAUGUAAGGUUGGAAAAGAAGUGGUCUAUCUUCAUGUGAAACUUCUCCAAAAUGACCUUCCUGGUUCUCCAAUCCCCAUAACGAUCACAAACAAACAAUCUCUUCAGUUUAUUGGAUUUGUCACUUGGUCCCAACACUCACAGACACAAACACUCGAGCAACAGGAUGCUCUCAUGAAUGAAGCAGUGAGAAAGCAAUUUGGAAAUGAGGCCUAUGCUCUCUCUGCUAAAGAAUUCAGUACCGAAUUGGACAUUGAGAAUUUACCCUCUCAUAAUACUUCAGGAUUUUAUUUGACUUUCACAUCACCAGAGAAUUCAGGGAAUUUGAAUGCCAACUCGAUGAGUGGAUUUGCCCUGAGGGGAGUCUCUCCAGGAUAUUCUCUGAAAUUACCAGGUACUUUCAACCAUUCUUCAUUGACCAAUUCUGUUCGUGCAUGUAUUGCAGUACGAAAACAUUGA